GAACUAGAAACACCCACUAGAACGUGUUCUCAUUUCCUUCCAGCAGAGCUUCACAUUUAUCCAUUCUUCAUCAACUACUUGCCAACCACUCUACAGCAAUGUAACUACUACACGGCACCUGCUACACACAUAGUAUUGUCCCCACCCCCCCAAUCAUGUGAUUCAGGUGUUCCAAUCCCCUCCAUGGACACAGGUGUAUACAAUCCAUCCCCUAGGCAUGCAGACGGCUUCUACAAACAUUGGUGAAAGAAUGGGUCGCUCUCAGGAGCUCAGUGACUCCAAGCGUGGUCCCGGAUAGGUGGCCACCUGGGCAAUAAGUCCAUCCGUGACAUUUCCUGGCUACUAAAUAUUCCACGCUCAACUGUUAUGGGAU